AUGUUGGCCGCUUUCUUCGCUCUUCUCCUUUGUCAACUUAUUGUUGGUUCAUAUCAGCAACAAACAGCAAAAUUUCUGAUUGGUUUGGGCGAUUCAGCUACUGCAGCUGGUACUGCUGGCGGUUAUCCUGUUUCGUAUCCAAUUGUUGCAGCUAAUCUAUUAGGAUGGUCCGUGAGAAAUGUUGCUAGAGAUGGUGUAAAAAUGAGUGCCAUUGCUGGCCAAUUAAACAGUGUCAAACCUAUCUUGUCUAACGUGACUCAUGUUGUUGUUACUAUUGGUGGAAAUGAUAUGGGUCUGGUAGGGGCAUUCAAUCAAAUCAUCACCAAAAAUAAUUAUACAGCAGUUGCCGCUAAAGUUACUGGUUUAAAACCUAACUGGAUCUCGACAUACAAAUCAAUUAAAGCAGCGGUUUUACCCACAACGAAAGUCUAUGCUAUUCCAUACGUCGAUGUUGUUAGCACUGGAAAUAAGAUUCCAAACGAGGCUGAUGCUCAUCGAUUAGUCAAACAUCUUUCCGAAACUGUUAAAGAAGCAGCUACUGUAGCUGGCAUCGGUUUCAUUGAAGCUGUCACAACAGCAUUUGCUGGCCAUGAAAUCUUUUCAGUUGAUCCUUAUGCUGAUGACUAUUUUCAUCCCAAAAAUGCCGUUCAUGCAAAUAAGAAAGGAUAUGCUCGAGUUGGAGAAGUUGUUGCUAAUUAUCUUCGAUCAGAAUAA